AUGAAGACGAAUAAAAAUACAGAAUCAAUAAAUAAUGCUAUAUGGCAACGAAAUCUAUCGAAUGCGAGAAAUAUUCGCAUCAAUUUGGAAUCGAUCAUGGAUGGUCCGAUGAAGUUACUCUAUGAAAUAUUGGAUUAUUAUGAAAACCUCACUGGCACAGAUCCCAUUGGAUUACUGUUAAGCUUAUUUGUUUGUGUUGGACACCUUUGUGCUGAAUCAACAGUGAAGAUCACUAAUCAUAUAUCAAAACUAAAUCUUUUCCUCUUGCUGAUAGGUCCAUCAGGUAGUGGAAAAUCAAAGAUCAUAUCGCCGAUCAAAAAGGCGAUCAUCAAUGUAAUGAAAGCCUUAGGUGUCUCAAAAGAUGAUGCUGGAAUCAUGGAUGAUUUUACCAAUGCUUCACUGUCGGCAAAACUCUCUAAAACUAAUGUUUUCAUCUUAACAGAUGAAGCUGAAAAGCCACUCUUAUCACUCGGUUUUUAUUCACCAUUGUCAGAAGUUAGUGCAGCCGAUCGUAUUGCUGGAUGUAAAUUUUUCGGAACAAUUCCGACAAGCAAAGAUACAAUGAGCUAUCACUUGGAGAUUAAUUCCCAUUUAUCUUUCGUCGGCGCAACUACUGGUCGUUUAUGGCAUCGAUUGAUACAUUUCUAUGCACAAGGUUAUCAAAGUGAUGGAUUCUCUGAACGAUUCCUGCAUUAUGUGAUGCCGAAGAAAAACGAAAUUCAUUUCAAUUCAUCUCAAACAAUUGAAUAUGAUGAAUUGGAUGAUGAUAAUGCUAAUGGCAACGAUCAAAAUGACGAUGAUGAUGAUAUCAGUGAUGACGAUUACCAAACAGAACAGAAAGAAACUUCGAAUCAGAAUUUACCGAGUUUAUGUCAAAUUUUAAUUGUAGUUCGUUUAUUUGAGAAACGUAAAUUUGUACUGAGUCGAAAUGGAACAAAAAAAUUCUAUAACAAAGUACGACAAUAUCAAGAAUUAUCGCAAAUGGAAAAACCGGAUGAUGUUAAUUAUGGAUCUCGCAUGGGAAAAUCCGCAGAGAUAUUGCGUAAGUUAGUUGCUAUAUGUCAAAUUCUCAAAAUUUCAAUGGAUGUUUUAAAAACACUUCAAGAUGAAAACCAACUCAUUUCUGGUGAUUUAAGUUUUAAUUUCAUUCGAAAUGUUACUCAGAUAAUAGAAACAAAAUACAAAUCGGCCAAUGCGAUUAUCCAAAUUGAUUCGUCUAGUUGUCGUCUAGCUGGAACACUCUUAUGUAGCCAUUUACUUAAGACAUUAUUUGCUUUAUACAAUACUGAUCCAUUAAUUACGUCUGAAGAACAAUCAACCAGAAGUCAGUCAAUUUCCAUUCAUACGAACAUGAAUACAAUUCGUGAACGAAUAUUCCGAUUUCCACAAUUAUUCUUUUUGAAAUCUGAUUUAACCGGUAACAUGGGCCUGCUUCGACACUAUCCUUCUGAAAUGGUGAAUACUGUUCUCAAGGAACUUGUUUCUUAUGAAUUAUUACGACAAGGACCUUUCGUGAUGACAACAUCCCGAGGAAUUGUUCACAUGAAAUCUUAUCCAUCUAAUACCGUAUUACAUGAUCCAUCGAAAGUUGUUGUAGUUGAACGGAUACUCAAUGAUUUAAAUUUGGAUUUGCCAAGUUAUAUGAGUAUUCUGUGUACUUGUGUGAUAAAAGAAAAACAAGUACUUACAUUAGCUGCAAAAGAAUUGUUAAUAUCACCCGAACACACAUUUCUAUUUCAUUAUCUGAAUGAAAGAUAUCCUGAACGUCGUUUCAAUGAUAUUGAGAAAGAACAAAGAACGUCUGAUUCCACCAACAUCAUCAAUGAAACAUUAUCAAGAUCUUCCGUAAAUAAUUCUUCAUGUAAUGAUGAAAGUUUUCAUGAUUCGUCGAUUUUCUCUAUAUCCAGUCACUCAUUGAUAUCACUCAACACCACAUCGUCGCACAAUCAAACUAAUACGUCAACAUUUUUACCCAUUACCACUUCUACGAACUUAAUUCGCGACGUUUCACAAAAUUUGUCCGACAACAACACAGAUAGCACAGGAUCGAUCAUCACUAACAAACAAAAGGAUAAUAAUAUCUUAUCGCUUACGGAACAUCCAUCGACAGUUUCAAAUGUUCAAACAAUAGAUAAUAAAACCAAUUUCGAUUCUUCAUUUACAGGAACAUCGAAUUCCUUUCAACCAACACGUAUGAAGCAUUCUCAGGACGGAAUGAAUUUAAUUCAACUUAAUAUCCUAGUGAAUCGCUUUAAUCAACAAACAAAUGAUGAAUAUAUCAAUCCAGUGACUUCCGUCUUAUCAAUGAAUAUUUUGAAUGAAUCAAUAGACGCGUCUACUACACAAACAUCUAUAUCUACAAUUACUAAUAUUCUUCCAUCAUCAUCAACAAUUGUUCAUGUUUCUCAACAAAAUGAAUGUGCGACAAUAUCAACACAAAAUUCCGAAAACCUUUCCAUUAAUGAAAAAUUCAGUGGUAAAAAUGAUGUGGAUACAACAAAAUCUAUACAAACGAAUGAUUUAUCAGAUGAUGAUUCAAACAUGAAUAAAUUGAUCGAUCAAUGUCAUUCAUUAAGUACUUCAUCGACAAACUCUACUGUAACCAAACCCAAGAAACGUACCAUAAAACGAACGAAACGAAGCACCAAUCCUAACGGACAAAAUAAUACUAAAAGAAAAUCAUCAACUAAACGAAUGAAAAAAUCGGAAUGA